CUUAACAUGGACUCAUAAUUUUGUUGUUGACCUGAGAAAGCAGAAAAGAUUGUAUUGGAUCGGGGACGAUGGUUUUACAGAAUAGUGGAAAAUACAAGGCGGACGACGAGGAAAAACCUGAAUCAAGCGGACGUGAAGAUUCCACCGAGAAACGAUUACAAAGAGCUAAUUUAAAUGAUGAAAUUGAUCUGAGAUUUGGUUACAGUCGAUAUAAAGAUCCACAAGAAAUAACAGGAUGGCUUAUCAACAUGCACCCGACCGAUAUAUUGGAUGACAAUAAAAGACUUGUAUCAGCUGUUGAUUAUUACUUCCUACAGGAAGAUGGAGGUCGUUUUAAAGCAACUCUACCAUUUAAACCCUAUUUUUAUGUGAUUACUAAAAAAGACUGUGAAAGAGAAGUCGCAUCAUUUUUAACGAGAAAAUUUUCUGGUAAAAUUGCAUCCAUUGAAAGUGUAACAAAAGAGGAUUUAGAUCUGGCCAAUCAUCUUGUAGGGUUGAAACGUAAAAUGUUGAAGUUGUCGUUUAUUAGUACUGAAGAUUUGAUGAAAGUUAAACGUGAAGUUUUCUCCGCGGUGAAAAAGAACAAAGAACGAGAAAAAUCUAAUGAUGCCUACACCACCAUGAUGACAAGCCAUUUAACAGGAGAAGCAAGUUCUGUUUCUAAGAAAAUAUCUGAUCAAAUGGAGAAUAUGAUUGAUAUCAGAGAAUAUGAUGUACCAUACCAUGUACGUGUGUCCAUUGAUAAAGAGAUAUUUGUCGGCCAUUGGUAUUCUGUACGUGGUAGAGGAAGUGAACCAAUCGAAUUACGACGUAGAGAUGAUCUGGUUGACAGACCUGAUCCUGUUGUAUUUGCAUAUGAUAUUGAGACAACUAAAUUACCGUUAAAAUUUCCUGAUUCGGCUACAGAUCAAAUAAUGAUGAUAUCCUACAUGAUAGACGGACAGGGUUAUUUAAUCUGUAAUCGUGAGAUUAUAGCCGAAGAUGUUGAAGAUUUUGAAUAUACACCAAGACCAGAAUUUGAGGGACCAUUUAUUAUAUUUAAUGAAACAGACGAGGUUGCGUUAAUCCAGAGAUUUAUAGACCAUAUUGUAGAAGUUAAACCACAUAUAUAUGUCACAUAUAACGGUGAUUUCUUCGAUUGGCCGUUUGUAGAGGCAAGAGCCGGGUUUCAUGGGAUAGAUUUAGAACGAGAGAUCGGAGUAUGUAAAGAUAGUCAAGGAGAAUAUAAAUCUAGAACUGGAAUACACAUGGAUUGUUUUAAGUGGGUAAAACGAGACAGCUAUUUACCUGUUGGUAGUCAGAAUUUAAAAGCUGUAGCUAAAGCUAAGUUACGUUAUGAUCCAGUAGAAUUAGAUCCAGAAGAGAUGUGUAGAUUAGCUAGUGAAGAACCACAGGUUUUAGCUAACUAUUCUGUAUCAGAUGCUGUAGCUACGUAUUAUCUAUAUAUGAAAUAUGUUCAUCCAUUUAUCUUUGCCUUGUGUACAAUUAUUCCUAUGGAACCAGACGAGGUUCUACGUAAAGGCUCUGGUACACUGUGUGAGGCGUUGUUGAUGGUGCAGGCGUAUCACGCUAAUAUUGUGUUCCCUAAUAAACAAGAGUCUAUAUUAAAUAGAUUAACGGAGGACGGCCAUGUUUUAGAUUCAGAGACGUAUGUCGGAGGGCACGUAGAGGCCAUAGAAUCUGGUGUUUAUAGAGCAGAUGUACCAGCUAGAUUUAGAAUGGUACCAGAAGCGUUUCAAACAUUGAUAGAUAACGUUGAAAGAACAAUGAAGUUUUGUAUUGAAGUAGAAGAAAAAAUACCAUUAGAUCAAGUUACUAACUUUAAAGAGGUUUGUGAUGAUGUAACAGAGAAAUUAUCAAUGUUACGAGAUUGUCCGAAUAGAUUAGAGAAUCCUAUUAUUUACCAUCUGGAUGUUGGUGCCAUGUAUCCUAAUAUUAUAUUGACCAACAGAUUACAGCCACCAGCUAUAGUUGAUGAAGCGACAUGUGCUGCGUGUGAUUUUAAUAAACCUGGUGCCGUCUGCCAGAGAGAUAUGUCCUGGAUGUGGAGAGGAGAGUUCAUGCCUGCAUCAAGAAAUGAAUUUCAUCGAAUACAACAACAGUUAGAGAAUGAGAAAUUCCCACCUCAAUAUCCUGGUGGUGAACCUCGAGCCUUUCAUCAGUUACAUCGAGAAGAACAGGCAACUAUAGAGAAAAAACGAUUAGCAGAUUAUUGUCGAAAAGCUUACAAGAAAACCAAAUCUACAAGAAUGGAGGAGAGGGUUGCUACGAUAUGUCAAAGAGAAAAUUCAUUCUAUGUGGACACAGUACGAGCUUUCCGUGAUCGUCGAUACGAGUUUAAAGGCUUGGUAAAGGUGUGGAAGAAGAAAUUGUCAGAAGCAGAAGGAAGUAAAGAUGCAGCUGAAAUCAAGAGAGCGAACGGAAUGGUGGUACUGUACGAUUCGUUACAGUUGGCUCAUAAAUGUAUCCUCAAUUCUUUCUAUGGUUAUGUUAUGAGAAAAGGAGCUAGAUGGUAUAGUAUGGAAAUGGCUGGUAUUGUAUGUUAUACAGGAGCCAGUAUUAUCACUAAAGCUAGAGAAAUUGUAGAACAGAUUGGUCGUCCCCUAGAGUUAGAUACGGAUGGUAUUUGGUGUAUAUUACCUGCCACCUUCCCUGAAAAUUAUGUCAUCAAAUCUACGAACCCCAAGAAAUCUAAAGUAACCAUAUCAUAUCCUGGCGCCAUGUUAAACGUCAUGGUUAAGGAUUUUUUCACUAACGAACAGUAUCAGGAACUGGACGAUCCCGUCACCAUGAAAUAUUCCGUUCGCCAGGAAAACUCCAUUUUCUUCGAGGUUGACGGACCGUAUCUUGCUAUGAUUUUACCGGCCUCGAAGGAAGAGGGAAAAAAGUUAAAGAAGCGCUAUGCUGUGUUCAAUUUUGACGGCUCAUUGGCCGAGUUGAAAGGAUUCGAAGUCAAAAGGCGUGGAGAGUUGCAAUUAAUCAAGAUUUUUCAGUCGUCCGUCUUCGAGGCGUUUUUAAAAGGAAAGACAUUAGAAGAAUGUUAUGAAGCUGUUGCUAAGAUAGCUGACUACUGGUUGGAUGUUUUAUACAGUAAGGCGGCUAACAUGCCGGACUCAGAAUUAUUCGAACUUAUUGCAGAGAAUCGAAGUAUGUCCAAGAAAUUAGAAGAGUACGGCAGCCAGAAGUCAACAUCCAUCAGUACCGCAAGACGUUUGGCUGAAUUUCUGGGGGAUCAAAUGGUUAAAGACGCUGGUCUCAGUUGUCGUUACGUUAUUUCUAAAAAACCUGACGGUGCACCGGUCACAGAACGAGCCAUCCCAUUGGCUAUCUUUCAGGCCGAACCAUCAAUCAAAAAACAUUAUUUGAGAAAAUGGCUGAAACGUCAGGAUCUGAAUGAUUUUGAUAUUCGUGAGAUUUUAGACUGGCAGUAUUAUAUCGAACGUCUGGGUGGCACUAUCAUGAAGAUUAUCACGAUUCCUGCUGCUCUACAGUCAGUGCCCAACCCUGUCCCCAGAAUACCGCAUCCCGACUGGUUACGGAAGAAAUUAUUAGAAAGAAAUGAUGUUUUUAAACAGAAGAAAAUCAGUGAGAUGUUUACAGUUUCUGCUAGACCUGCUAUAGAGGAUGAGGAUUUCCAAGAUAUGAUUCCGUCGUCUCAGAACGGACUAGCAGAUAUUGAAGAUAUAGGUGGUCGUGUAAAUGGUACAAAUAAUAACGGAAUGGCCAUCUCUCAUAAACGUAAACGAGCCCAGUCUGGUAACGAUAGUAUGGAUCAGAAUACACAGAAUACCCAGGGUUCCCAGUCGUGGAGAGAAAUACUUGGUCCACCCCCACCCAUGGGCUCCACGAAGGAGGAGAGAAAAGUAUGGGUUGAAUAUCAUAAAAAGAAAUGGGAAUUACAAGCCAAGGAAAAACAGGACAGAAAACGUAGAAGAACAGAAUUUGAUGUUUCUAAUACAACUAUCACGCCUUCCAGAGGAUUGGGUGGAUUUCUACGUAAAACAGCCAGAAGUAUGAUGGACAUGCCAUGGCAGAUUGUACAGUUGGCAGAAACCGCACAUCCUGGUCAGUUUAAACUCUGGGCUCUAAUUGGUUCCGAUCUCCAUGCUAUGAAGUUGGUGGUACCGAGAAUAUUUUAUGUCAAUCAGAAAACUCCUAAACAAGGCGAAGGUGAACUAUGGAAGAAGAGUAUGAAGACAUUACCACGAUCACAUCCUGUGUUUAAUUUAUAUCAAUAUUCUGUACCAGAAGAUGUCUAUAUACAACAUAUCAAUGACAUUAAUGCGGAUCUGUCUUCACCUGAUAUUGAAGGAGUUUACGAGACCCAGGUACCGUUAGAUUUCCGUGCUUUAAUACAACUGGGUUGUGUUGUCACGGUUAAUAGAGAAUUUGCUAAUCAGAUGUCAGGAAGGGAGACAGACACAUUUGAAAUGGAUAAUCUGGACUUCCGAACGUUGGCUCAGUUUCCAUAUCUGGAGACAGGAUCUAUUAAACAUCUUUACCUUUAUCAACAUUCCAGUGGAACGAAACAGUUGUAUGGUUUAUUUUUUCCGAUGACGAAGAAAGGUAUAAUAUUUGUAGUUGAUACGGUACGAAGUGAUCAGAUGCCCAAUCUAACAGCUUUAUAUAACGCAGAGAGAAACAACAAAGUAACAAGAGGAGCAGACGAAGAUACCCUGCCCCCUGGUGGCCAUAGUUUUGAAUAUAAAAUUGAGAAGGAUAUUCGUCAGGUUUAUCGUACGAUACAGAGAAUGUUAUCAGCUUAUAAGGACGAGAAAAAAGGACCAACAUUUAUCGCUGUACAAUCGGCAUUAGAUUUUGCUCACCUUGUUUCUGUGAUGCCUGGGUUAAGUGAGUUUCCUCUCGUACCUGUUCACAUAACUGACAGUGAUAAUUUAUAUAAUGUAUUAGACUGGCAGAGAACAGGAUGCAGAAGAUUAUUACAACAUUAUCUAAACGUAGAUAUCAUUUUACAGGCAAUGAUGGAACAAUGUCGUUAUCUACAUAUUCCUAUUGGUAACAUGCCAAAAGAUAUAACCUUAUAUGGCUGUGAUUUAUUCUUCGCUCGACAUCUAUACAAACACAAUCAUCUGUUGUGGUGUUCACCGACAGAACGACCAGAUCUUGGUGGAAAGGAAGCGGAUGAUAACAGAUUAUGUAUGGAAUUACAAGAAAGUUCAGCUAUUGAAAUCAAUAAUCCAGGUCACUAUCCAACUGUUUGUGUUGAAUUAGAUUUAACAAGUUUAGCUGUUAAUACAAUUAUAGAAUCAGCUCAUGUAAAUGAUCAUGAGGGUGCUAGUGCUGCUGUGAGUUUUGACACGAUGCCACAAUCGUCGUUAGAAGAGAUGGUACAAGGUCAAGGUGCAGCCACGAUGUUGACAAGUUAUGAUGAAACUGCUCUCUGUUCUACAACUUUCAGAAUAUUAAAGAGUAUGGUCCAUGGUUGGGUACGUGAUGUAACAGCUUAUAGUAACGUCUUCGCUGAUAAUCAAAUUAUACACUUUUACAGAUGGUUGCGAUCCCCUUCCUCACUUCUUUAUGAUCCAGCCUUAAGAAGAACGUUACAUAAUAUGAUGAAAAAAGUCUUUAUGCAGUUAGUAGCCGAGUUUAAACGUUUGGGAUCAAACAUAGUUUAUGGUAAUUUUAAUCGUCUGAUUCUUUGUACAAAGAAACGACAAUUAGUGGAUGCUUUGGCGUAUGUGGAAUAUAUCACCAAUAGUAUUAAGUCACGAGAACUAUUCCAUUUGAUUGACAUGUCAUAUGAACAGUGCUGGGAACUACUCAUGUGGCUCGAUCAGGCUAAUUAUGGAGGAGUGCGGGGGAAAUUACCCUCUGAUCAAUCCCAGAAGGCAGCAGUAAGAGAAAAUGGAGAAAGUGAUGGAGAGGAAAUAGUGGAACAGGAAGAAGAAUUAAAUAAAUCUGAUUCCGAAAAUCAACCAGAAGUUGAGAUGAAUUGGAAUAUGAUGUUAUUUUUACCAGAAGCUGGAGCUUGUCAAACUAACUUUAACAUGUUGAUAGCUGGGUAUAUAUUAUCUGUGUUUAACCAUAUUCAAGAAGAACAAAGACGCUUCACCCCCGGCAACACGCCCCUACAUUGUCGAGAUUCUAGUCAAACUCCGGUUGUCAUAGAUACAUCAGCCACACCAUCUACAAUCUCCUAUUCACAAGAGCUGGUACAUGGAGAGUUAUCUCAACAGAUGUUCUCCUUAACGCAAAAAAUACAAAAGAAAUUAAGUGGAAAUCGGGGUAACCAUGGUGAUAUAGAGAAGUUUCCCCAGUUACCAGGUUCACAUCUACCGUUAAACAACCCAGCUCUAGAAUUUAUUAAAUGUAUAUGUAAGGUUUUAUCAUUAGACAGUAAUAUAACGAUACAAGUCAAUAAAUUACAGAGAGAUUUAUUAAAGUUGAUUGGUGUUGGUGAAUUUUCAUCAGAAUCACAGUUUCAAGAUCCAUGUUUAUCUUACGUCUUACCUGAAGUGAUAUGUAAAUCAUGUAAUCAUGUUCGUGAUUUAGAUUUGUGUCGAGAUCCAUAUCUUACACAAGAUUCUAGUGGGAUGUUAUGGUCGUGUAUACAGUGUCAGACGGAGUAUGAUAUCGUAGAAAUAGAACAGAGUUUAUUAGAGGCUGUUAGUAGAAAAUCUAUGUCCUAUAUCCUACAAGAUUUAAAAUGUGUCAAAUGUAAAGGGGUAAAAGAUAAUAAUAUGAGAAAAUAUUGUUCCUGUGCUGGAGAAUAUUCUAAUACUUUGGAGUUAAAGAAUUUUGGGAAACAGUUGAAGACGUUCCGUGGAAUAGCAAGUCACUAUAAUAUGACGUUAUUAUCUGAAACAGUAGAAUGGAUUAUGAAAAUGAACCCAGGAAUGUGAUAGCAUGUGACGGGAGGGGAUGUUAUCAAUGUGACAGGAGGGAAUGAUAUAAAUGUGAUAACUAUUGUGCUCAUCUGCCCAGCAAAUCAUAGAACAAACAGUAAAUUACAUUGUUUCAAGAACACGGUCAACUAGGAUUCUCUUCAUCGCUUGUUAUUAUGGAGCAAAGGAUACAGUUAUAAACCACAUCUGUUUAAUUGAGCUGGAGAUACACUAAGUCAAAUCGCCUGUGUUGUUAUUGUUUUAAUGUCAUUUAGUAAUUGAACUAGAAUACACAGGUCACAUUCAACCAGGAUUCUCCAGCCAUAUAUUUCUAAAAUCACCAAUAUAUUUUACACAAAUUUUUGUUAUGCCAUUAUUUACAUGAAGUUUUAUGAAUUAAUUGAUACAACUAAUUAAAGAAAAAACUAUGAAGUAGAGUGAAAAUAUUCAUAUACCCAAUCUGAUUAAAACACAGAUCCUAUUACGUUUCGUUUUACAUAGUUCAAGAUCUUGUUUUACUUGUCUUUACUACGACACGAUCUGGAAGAGUUGUUAUAUAACUAGGGCUGGGUAUUGAUAGUGAUUUUUACUAUUGAUAAUCGGCAAUGAAAUGUCGGUCGGUCGAUAAUCGAUAGUAUCGAAAACAAACUUAUUUUCACGGUCGUCAUCAAGACUGGAUACUGUGUAAGUUCAAAGUUCAAAUCCAUACGAAGUUGCGAAAGAUCGUUUGCUCCUGUCUAAGGAGAUUUAUUUGGAAAACAUUAAUAAAACUUGUUAUAUCACGUAUAUAUACGUAAAUUGAUGUUGUUUAUUAUUAAAAUAAUGCAGCCGUUGUUUCCCUAUGAAGAAAUAUCGUAAAUAAUUAUGUUAAGGGACCAAAAUGAACUUGUUCCGAUUCAAAACAUUGCGUACGUGCGUGCGAAAAUAUCAAUAUGGCAGAUGAAUUCUGACGCUUGCAAAGGGAAAUAACUCUAACUUUAUUUACACAUCCGGGUAUCUCCGAUUUAGCGAUAUUCAACAAUAAUUUCUUCAAAACUAAAGUAACAUUUCAAUGAGAGUGAAUUUAUGAAAACAGCUGUUCAAUAAGCAGUCACAAUUUUGUUAUGUGUUACAUUGAUACUUGAUAGUAAUUAAAGUGAGCGGUGUAUUAUGAUUAACUGAAAGAAAACAUUGAGAUUUCAGACGCAAGAAAAAUAGACGAAGAGCGAUAAUCGAUAGUAACCCACCGUUAUCGAUAGUGCUUUUCUGGGCCGUCCAAUCGAUACUAUCGAUUUAUAUCGAUAUUUUACCCAGCCCUAUAUAUAACCUGCGUUCUGGAUGGCGUGAAGGAUUAGCCAAUGAAAUAAUCUGGUGUGAAUUGCCUGGAACUGUGCGGAUAACCCACUGGAAACAUCAUCGCUGAUGUCUGACGUCAUAGGGCCAAAAGCUGCUCGUAUGACCUCUGACACUACCUUCCACUACAACCGAUCAGAUCUUCAUGUAGUGUAGGCUAUCAAAAGUUUUUCAUGUAGUGUAGUCCAUCGAAAGUAUAAAAACAAACGAAAUGAAAUAUAGAUCCGUAUCAUAAAUAGAUUUCAAUAUUUCAAUAUACCAAAUGUGUAUUGCAACUGAUCUGAUAAACCUUCUAUUUGAUGUAUUAUGAUUAUUUUUCUGGUGACAUAAUAAUGAAUCACAGGAAAUAAAUAUAAAUUGGUCUCUGAGCAGAGAUGUAAAAAAAAUUUCAAACGAUUAGUUGAAAGAUUUACAUUCAAACACAAAAUAUAUAUUAACCCAUUUAUUGAAAUGAUAAACUUUAAAAUAUAUUGUGUAGGCCUAUCAAGAUAUCAACAGUGCUGUGUGUAUAUAUAUAAGUAUCUAUAUGAUCAAAUAUGUAAAUAUAUAUGUAAAUAUAACAGAUGGAAACCAUUAAAUAUUUUCUA